AUUGUGAACGAGCCAACUACACUCCGUCGACAUGCCGAAGCUCGAUUUGCAGGGAAAUAUAGGAAAUGGGCCAAGGCCAGUUCCUUUGUGUCGAAAUUGCCUGGUGAUGUUGCUGCGGAAAAAAGGAAGGUCGCACAAGCACAACAAACCAUUGAUGCACAUGUGACAGAGCGCAAGAUUUCGGAGCGUGUCAUCCCUUACUCUCACCAGUUGUUUCGAAAAGCUGCGAUUGAGUGGCUCAUCGCGGAUAGAUUUCCUACAGCUGUCGACUGCUGA